AUGGGAGACACGGAACUCACCAGCCGCUCCUUCACCAUGCGGACCCAUCGCCCGGGUGACAUAGGCUUUAUCACUCAUCGCCACGGAGUACUCUACCAUGAAGAAUUUGGCUGGGAUGAGCGCUUCGAGGCUCUCGUUGCCCGCAUUGCCGCAGAUUUCAUUGACCAGCUCGACCCCGAAUUGGAGCGUUGUUGGAUCGCCGAACGAGAGGGGCAGUUUCUCGGAUGCAUCAUGCUACUGAAAGAUCGACCGCAAGAAAAAACGGCGAAACUUCGCCUGUUAUUGGUGGAGCCGAGUGCUCGGGGCCUUGGUGUUGGUCGGGCCUUGGUACGACAGUGCACUCAAUUUGCAAGGGAAGUGGGCUACGAGAAGAUUGUGCUGUGGACUCAGAGUACACUAGUGACGGCUCGGCGAAUAUAUAAGAAUGAAGGGUAUCAGCUUAUAGAAACGGAAGAGCACAGUACCUUCGGAGUCAAAUUGACGGGCGAGCUUUGGGAAUUGAAGCUAUAG